UUUCAGAGCUGAAACCACACUGUGGUCAGUUCAGUGCUGGUUAGGAGAUGAACUACUUAAGAAACCAAAGUUUUAAGAUGAUUAUUCUAAACAACAGACAUAUUGCUUUUGCUUGUCUCCUUUGUUUACUCACAGGUUGUGCGUCAGCAGACCACAUAAUUACCACAGUGGGUACAGAUGUUACUUUAAGGUGCAGCUAUGAUGUUCAGUUCUAUGGUAGGCUGGGUAUGUGCUGGGGUCGAGGGGCCAUUCCCAACAGCGGUUGUGCUGAUGAGGUGCUCAAGGCUGAUGGGACAUCAGUGAUCAGUAGGCUGUCAGAAAGGUACCUGCUCAUGGGUAAUCUUGGUGAGGGUGAUGUGUCGCUGACUAUCAGGCAGGUUGAGGAGAGUGACUCGGGCACAUAUGGCUGCCGUGUGGACAUACCAGGCUGGUUCAAUGAUCAGAAACAUCAUGUCACUCUUACAGUCAAUGCAGCGCGUCCAGCUCCCCUGAAAGUAGAGGCAAGAGAGGUAAAGGAAAGAACUAUCACUGUUCGAUGGACUCUGGCUUUUGAUGGCGGAAGACCAAUUACAGAAUACAUAAUUGAUCUUAAAAACAAAUAUGCAUUAUGGGAUACAGCUAUAAGAACUGUAAUUUCUCAACCGCAGCUGACUCAGGUGACUUUAAUGGAUUUGCAUCCAGCCAAGACCUACAACAUUCGCAUGUUUGCUGUCAACAGUGUGGGAAUGAGUGAUGCCAGCAAUGCCCUGACACUCACUACAAAAGAAGCAGCACCACAGGGUCCCCCCCUUGAUAUGCGACUCGAGGCUCAGAGUUCUAACAGUAUCAGAGUUUCUUGGAAGCCUCCAAAGGUGGAAGACAGAAAUGGAGUUCUGCAGAGUUACAGGAUUAGCUACAGAGAGUAUGAUCCUUUGGCCAAACUGCUUCAGCGAUGGGAACACCUCAGCGUCCCAUUCACAGGGGAGCUAGAGAGCACCAUUCUGAUGAACCUGAACCCAUCCACCAAGUACAGCGUGUCAAUACAGGCCAAAACAAAAGCAGGAAUAGGGCCUGCCUCGAUUGCACCUCCCUGCUCUACUUUAGAAGAAGUUCACAAAGAAACAGUGGUAACAAGUCCUUCUUCCAUUUCUGCUACAAUGUGGAUGCAACACACAGGUCUGACUUCAGCUUCAACAGCUGAGACCAUUUCUUCAUUCCCGUUCUGGGAAGAAACCACCACAAGUACCACCAUGAGUAUUGCAUCAGUGUCCCCAGACCCACCAGUAGUUGAGGUGAAAGAGGUGAAAGACAAUACAUUUUCUCUCAUCUGGACUCCUGGGUUUGAAGGCGAUAGCCCCAUCAUUGGCUACUACUUAGAGUAUAAAGCAGCCAAUGCCUCUUGGGAUUACAGUAAGAAUGUUGUAGACUAUGGCCCUAACCAGAGAGAGGCCACAAUAAUAGAGAUAAAUCCUUCAACAUACAACAUCCGUAUGUUUGCCAAGAACAGUCUGAGUACCAGUAAAGCAAGUAAUGUUCUCACAAUCACCACCGGAGAAGCAGGUUCUCACAGGGACAGUCUCAUUGCCACCAUUUCAACUGAUACUGAUGUGUCUACUGAGGACAGUCCUGGUGUUCACCCAGCUGCCAUCUUUGUGCCAGUGGUAAUGGUGGUGUUGACUGGUGCUGUAGUAACUUUGCUGCUUUUACGAAAGAAACACAAGACCAGUAUGACCAUGUGGCUGACCAACGGAGUGAUGCGUUACAGAGGUGCAGAGUCACUACAAGAGCUUUAAAACUGUAUUUGUAUGUAUGUCUGUAUUUUAUCCAAAGGAGAGAGGGGGAAACUGAAAGGAGCAGUACUUCUUUAUUUUAUUAAAUCUGAUAAGGAAGAUUGAAGUGUUUCUUCCCUUUUCUUUUUUAAAUGUAAGAAAGAGACAGUUUCUCAAACAAUGGCUUCUCUUAAUGUGAUUUAAAUGAACUAAGCCAAGAAAAUAACUUUUACUCUGCAAAGACUCACUAAAGCUGCUCACAAUAAAGUGUAGUUUGGAAUUUUUAUACUGUUUAUACAAUGUUUAUACAUUAUAUGUAGUUUCAGUCUUUGUUGAGUAACUGCAUUUUUAUUGCUAACGCUUUUAUAACCAUCAGCAAUUUAUCAUGUAAUGAAAAGGCACCACUGCUUUGAAAUAAUUUGCUUUUGCUAAUAAACAUCUGUGGGAUUUCUA